AUGAUAGACGGUCAACAAACGAUCAUGCCUAGCAGAUCUUACUGGGAUAUCGUCAUUCGCUCAGAUGGUAACGAUGGGGUUUCUAAAUGUCCUCCCCCGACCGGAGAAGCUACAAACAGUUUGACACCUCGGGAAUCAUCGGCGACGACCCCUCCCUUCGGUGAUGAAGAGGAUUCAUCGAUGUGCGAACAAUCAGCGUCUCAGUCUUUCUCACUUCCAUCAGGAUCGGACAAACCUGUGAAUAAGUUGAAUGCUGAAAUGACUGAUGAUUCUGCAAGCUUAGCGUGUUUCCAUAUAAUUCCUAUGAUACGAGAUAUCAUAAAACGCGUGCAUCGUUCUACGUACCACUUUCGGGAAGUAUUGAUCAGAACAAUGAUUCAACCGUGCCAACGUUUAGAACAACCAGUGGUCAUUCUUGCGAUCGUUGUAGAUCUCAAAAACACAAAUUGGAGAAUAAUGGUUGAUAGGGAAGCAUUUUACCGUGUGGAAAAGGGAAAAUCUCAAAAGGGGACUCCAAUAUCACGGUGCAUUCAGUCUGCUCCAAUCUCCCGUAACGGAGGCAGCGAUCCAAUAUGGACCGAUAGCAGCUCGCGACUUUGUUACCCAAGAGUACCUGCCUCAACCAGUCAAGAAACUCCUGUGGAACAGGCAGGAUCCACCAUGGACGUCAAUGAAGAUAUAUGUAUCUACCAACGGGUAGAACAAGAUAGGUCAACCUGCACAUCCUCGACGGCUCAAGUUGGAGAAACGUUCUUUUUACCAUCUAAAAAGCUUCCAUUACAACAAAAGGAGAGGGACUAUUUCCCAUCAGGAAGAUGUGAGCCGAGAUUUUUCAAGGAUGAGUUCCGCCAAUGUCACGACCCAUUCACAGGUCGUAACAACGUCUUUGAGCCAGUCAAAGCAGAGCUAAAACAUCCUUACGGAGUGGAGAUGAGUUGGGAAACCAUCCUUCAAUAUUGGCUGAGCAACCACAAACCACGAAAUAUUACCAGGCGUGUUCCUGUUGCAUAA